UUAUAAUACAACAAAUACAUACACAGUUUUGAACUAUAACAGUAUGAUAGGAUGUGUGUAUGGAAAUCGCUUGUAUUCUAGCUGUGUCCUGGCGAUGCUAGCUGGAAUAGUUCUACGCGUUAAAUCAGAGACAAUGGUGGUAAAUUUAUCGACAGAUAAUGUUGUAAGAACGACAAGCGAUAGGUUUUUGUCGAUCACACUAGGAAGUACAAUAGUCAGAAAUGGUUGGCGCACAUUAAAAGACAGUCGAAAGCUUCUAAGUCUUGCUAGAGGACUAUCGCCUGCCUACUUUAGAAUUGGAGGUACUGUACAAGAUUACUUAUACUGGGACAAAGACGGGGAGGAUGAUAAUUGCUACAACGCAGCUCAGCUGGAACGUUUGUAUCAAUUUGCGCAAAAUGCCCGGCUUGACCUUAUCUUUGGCUUAUCUCCACUGACGAGAAAACCGGAUGGAACGUGGGAUCCAACGAAUGCCGAAGAGUUAUUUCAGUUCAUGUCAGAAAAAGGCUAUUCGAUGUCUUGGGAGCUAGGAAACGAACCCGAUCUUUGGCCUGUUCACAAUAUAACAGACAUUCCACCGCAGAAACUUGCGAGAGACUUUCAACGUCUAAAGGAUGUUUUAAAGAGGCGUGGAAAGGAAAACACGAAGAUCUAUGGACCAGAUGUUGCUACCCUCUCCGAUGACCAGGACUUUCUGAAAACGUUUCUCAAAGAGAUUGGAGGUGGAAUACUUGAUGCAGUCACAUAUCAUCAAUAUUACAGAAACAGCGAUGGUGCUAAGUUGGAAGACUUCAAAAAUGUGUCGAUAUUAGACAGAUUUUUGAACUAUUCUCAGAAAGCAGUCAAGCUGGUUCACAGUACGCUUGACAAGAACACACCAAUAUGGCUUGGGGAAACAUCUUCAACAUACAACAGUGGAGCAAAAGGCCUUUCGGAUUCCUAUCUGGCUGGAUUCAUGUGGCUGGAUAAACUUGGCAUUGCUGCGCUGGUCAAUCACGAUGUUGUAUGUAGACAGUCGAUUUAUGGAGGACAUUACAGUCUUAUAGAUGUCCAAACUAUGGACCCCUUACCUGACUAUUGGACAUCAGUGUUACACAAACGACUAGUUGGGAGUAAAGUUUUGAUGGUGGAGAAUUCACUGAAGCCAGGGCGAAACGCGAGAGUGUAUGCUCAUUGUACAAGAAUCACAAAGUAUUAUGAUUACGAAGCUGGCGCUGUCACAUUGAUUGUACUAAAUCUUCAUCAAGAUGAAACUCUCGUCAUUGAGCUGCAGAAAGAUUUGAAGAAGUUUGACGUUGAUCAAUUUUUACUUCAACCAGGAACGAAGAAUAUAACCUCAAAGAGUGCGAAACUGAACGGAAAGCUGUUAAAACUUCUUGAAGACUAUCGGUUGCCUGAUUUAAAUGCAGUCAAAGUGAACCAGCCAUUUUCUGUUCCCCCAUUAACCUAUGGAUUCUUUGUUAUUCCCAAUGCAAACGCUAAAGGUUGCUUGACGAAUAUUUUUAUUUAAAUGUUAUUUAGAUUAUUUACGUAAAUUUAUAGGUCUUAAUUCGGUAUUAGGGUAUUGCAACUCAGCGGACAAUAUAUUAAAGUGACUUAAAUAGACUGCUUUUCUUUGUAUUCCAAACAAUCGUU